AUGGGAUCCCAUUUACAAUUCACCUUUAUAAAAUCUGGUGGGUGCCGCUCCUCCGUGUUGGCGAAUUCAUUCUUGAUUCCCCUGUCAUCUUUCUCCACCAAGAAAUUCUCGCAAGGGCGUUGUCUUCACCCUGUAAGACCACUGCAAAAUGCUCAAGUCAUCAAGCACAUCCAAUUACAUGUUAGAUCACAACUCUCAAAUGAAGAGGUUAUCAGGCGAUCAGGAAACUACAAGCCAAGCAGUUGGGAAAAUGAUGAUUUGCAAUCUCUCAAGAGUGACUUCCCGGAAGAGGCGUAUGUGGAACGGGCCACGAAACUGGUGGUGGACGUCAAACGCAAGUUCAAUCAAGCAGCAGGAGCAGUGGAUCUACUGGAGCUGAUUGACAAUGUUCAAAGGCUAGGAGUUGGGUAUCACUUCCAAACUGAGAUCAAGAGGGCUCUGGAAUCCAUAAAGGACACCUCUGUCAAUGCAGACGAAGAAUUAUAUGCAACUGCUCUACGCUUUAGGCUCCUUAGGCAACAUGGAUUUCAGAUUUCCCAAGAUGUUUUUAAAAGCUUCAUGGACAAGAAGGGUGGUAGUUUCAAUGAGUCACUCCGCAAGGACACGAAGGGACUAUUGGAUUUGUAUGAGGCUUCUUAUCAUGGUUUUGAAGGAGAAGACAUAUUGGAUGGUGCCCAACAGUUUACAAAGAGACAUCUUAUCAAACAGCUCAAAGAGAAAACAUCCCCAAAUUAUAAAAACAUGGCCAGACUAGUAAGCCAUGCGUUGGAGAUGCCCUUGCACUGGAGAAUGAAUAGGUGGGAAGCCAGAUGGUUCAUAGACACCUACUCCAUGAAACAAGAUAUGGACCCUUUGAUACUUGAAUUUGCUAAGCUUGACUUCAACAUGGUGCAAGCUAUAUAUCAGCAAGAAUUAAAAGAUGCAUCAAGGUGGUGGACUGACUUGGGCCUCGCCGAGGCAUUAAGAUUUAGUAGAGACAGGAUAGUCGAGAAUUACUUGUGGACCACUGGAAUCAUAUUCGAACCUCAGUUCGGAUAUUGUAGAAGACAACUUACGAAAGCCAAUUGUUUGAUCACAACAAUUGAUGAUGUGUAUGAUGUGUAUGGUACUCUGGAUGAACUCAAGCUUUUUACUGAUGCAGUUGAAAGAUGGGACAUCAACACCUUGAGAGAUCUUCCGGAUUACAUGAAGAUAUGUUUCAUGGCACUCUACAACAAUAUCAACGAAAUGGCUUAUGAUUUUUUAAAGAAACGUGGCUGGGACAUAUUAAAAUACUUGAAGAAAGGGUGGUUGGAUUUAUGCAAAACAUACUUGGUAGAGGCCCAGUGGUAUUACAAUGGAUACAAACCGACACUUGAAGAGUAUUUGAACAAUGCAUGGAUAUCAAUAUCAGCACCUACCAUCUUAGUUCAUAAUUACUUUUGCGUGGAAAAUAAGAUAAAAGAGGAAGCAUUGGAGCAACUGGAUAACUAUCCAAGCAUUGUAAGAUCGUCGGGAGCUUUGCUUCGAUAUAGCGAUGACCUUGGAACUUCAACUGAUGAGCUGAAGAGAGGAGAUGUUCCAAAAUCAAUCCAGUGUUAUAUGCAUGAGACUGGUGCUCCUGAGGAAAUUGCCCGUGAACACAUUCGCGGUCUCCGUGCUAAAGAAUGGAAGAAAAUGAACAAAUGUAUGACUGCUCCUUCUCCUUUCCCUCAAGCAUUUAAAGAUAGUGCAGCGGGCCUCGGACGAAUGGCUCAAUUCAUGUACCAGCACGGAGAUGGGCAUGGACUACUUGCAGACAGCUUGACCAAGAACCGCAUUAUGCCAUUAUUGGUUCAUCCCAUUCCCCUUGAUUGAUUGGGCCAUUCGACAUCCCAAUUCUGUAUGGCUUUCACUUGAUGCUUUGCACAAUGAGGAUA